CACCGGGACAGGGACCCCCUGGAGAGACCGGGAUAGGGAUCCCGGUAAGGAACACUGGGGACACCGGGACAGGGACCCCCUGGAGAGACCGGGAUAGGGAUCCCCCAGGUAAGGAACACUGGGGACACCGGGACAGGGACCCCCUGGAGAGAUCGGGAUAGGGAUCCCCCAGGUAAGGAACACUGGGGACACCGGGACAGGGACCCCCUGGAGAGACCGGGAUAGGGAUCCCCCAGGUAAGGAACACUGGGGACACCGGGACAGGGACCCCGCGUAAGGAUCAUUGAGGGGGCUGGACGAGGAUCCCGGGACAAGGAUCCCCUGAUGGGUUGCUGUGACAAGGACCCUGGGCUGAGCUGGAGCGUCUCUGGCUUUGCUGACAGGCGGUGCCGUGUCGCUGGUGAGAUGUGAAUCGGAACACUCGACUUGCUCCGCCUGAGGAUAAGAACCCUUUGCUGAGCAGCCCAAGGAUCUGUUCUGUACCUGACUGUGUGGGGGGCCUCGUGUAAAACCAGAUGGUUGUUACGUGCUGGCAGCACUUCCUGGCUGGGUUCUGCAGCUUUGCUGUGCUUUUACUGGAACCAUACAAAUAAUGGGAUUCUGACCUUUUAUGGGGGAUUGGGGGAAAGCAAAGCAGAGGGAGAUCAGCUCUACCAUGCUGACCAGCUGUGUUGAUAUCAAGUUGCCUGUGCAGACAUCUAAGACUUGGUUUUAUUGGGUGAGUGAAAGACAUUUUCUGUGUGGCUCAGCUUCUCACCAGACAUCACAAGCUGAGACUUGUGAAUUGGAAACUUGGCAAGGCCAGGUUUUGGAAAUGACUGUGCUUUGGGACUUGAAAACAGUUUAGGUGCAGGAUGGACAGUGGAGGACAUAAGAAAGGCAGGAAAAGAGUGUGUUGCCUGUAGCCAUGUGGGGUUAGGAAGUUCAGGUUCAAACAUACCUUUGACCUCCUUCAGCCUGACCCACUACUCACUUCUCCCUCAGCUCUUCCCCUUCUUAUGUUCCUGUACUGUCUCUUUUCCUUUAAUCCAAGAGUUACAUGAAUUGUUAUUGGUGCAUUUUCUUCUCUUAUUUCCUCCUGCAUUUAAUUUAGGGCUGGUUAGUUAAAUAUAUGUGGAGGUAACUUGUGGACAUGACUGACUAGGGAGUAUUUAUUGGCUUCCAAAGUAAAUGGGAGGCAGAGGGACUGGGAAAUAGUGUAGAGAAGAUGGUUUCUUUGGGAGAUAAAGCUUUAGACUGUGAGAAAAGGUUGUUUGAUGCCAAAACAUUGCCCUCAAAUUAAAUUGAAGUAGUUAGGAUUAAUUGGUUCUAUGAUAUAUUUUUGCGUUAGCUGAUAUUUUGAUGCAAGUUUUAACAAAAUACUUCAGUGGGAACAAAGCAGGAGAUGGAGAAGAAGAAGAAGAAAUGGAAGAAGAAAUUAAGCCAAUCUAUAGCUCUGAGAAAAUCAGGCUGAAGUUGCAGGACAAAUACUGAGUAAUUCCAUUAGGCUGCUGCGAAGGUCCCAGCAUAGAAUGUGUUUUCUGUCCUGUUUCUUUGUCUUACAGGGUAUUCUAGUCUUUUCAAAAAUCAAAAUAUUUUGCAAGUAGUGUCAGGAAGCAAAUAUUGUGCAGCUGUUCAUUUUAACAAGUUCAUAUUUUCCUAUGAACUCUUUUCCAUCUCCUGUGUUUUUAUUCUGUUUCUUAUGUCAGGUGUUAAAGUCCUAAUGGACUAUUACAUCAUAAAGGCAGAUCUCCUUUGCAACAUAAACCAUCUGUAUUGCUGUUUAUACCCUUUACAGACAUAAAUUUAUCUCCCUUUUUCACCUUUAUCUGAAGGCACUUCUUGCAAAUCGUCAGUAUUAUCAGGUUUCUGGCAAGUUUGGGAACAGCCUUUGAGAUGGCUGCAGUGGAGAAGGUCGAGGAGCAGCUCGCGAGCCUGCGCAUAGCCAAGCGCUCUGCGCCGAGCGAGGAACCUGCUUACCUGCUGGACAUCGACCUUUCCAGACCUGCUCAGUCUGAAAACAGUCGAUUUGUGGCAGUUUCCUGUUCCAAUAAGUCCAUUAGGGUCUACAACAGGGAAACAUUACACUUCCUGAGGGAGUACAGCAGCCAUCCCGGGAUACUCAGUGGGGUCAGAUUUGCACGCGCGUGUGACAACGCGGUGUUCUCAGCCUGCAGUGACGGUACAGUGAAGUGCUGGGAUGUUCGUUCAGCCACUCAGAAACCUGUGCAGGUAUUCAGUGGAUACCCUUCCAACGUUUUCAUCAGUUUUGAUAUCAAUUGCAGUGAUCUCAUCAUUUGUGCUGGGACAGAAAAAGUUGAACAGGACACAUUUCUGGUGUUUUGGGAUGCAAGAGGCAUUACAGACUGUGCCAGCUCAGCUAAGGAGCCCUUGGGAGUCUAUUCUGAAAGUCACAAUGAUGACAUCACUAAAAUCUGUUUUCAUCCUGUUGAACCCAAUCUGGUAGUUUCUGGGUCAACUGAUGGGUUGGUCAAUGUGUUUGACAUCAACAAGGAUAACGAAGAUGAUGCUUUGAUAUCAACUUGCAAUUCAGAUUCAUCAGUGAGUUUUAUUGGCUGGUCUGGGAGAGAUUAUAAACAGGUCUACUGCCUGACACACGAUGAGGGAUUCUGCUGGUGGGACACGGCUCAGCUGGACACCGAGGAACCAAUAACACUGUUGCGUGUCCUGGAUGUCAGAGACUCGGUCUGCGCUGAAAACCAGAGCCUGCAUUACAUGGUGGGGGGCUUGUACCACGAAAAGGCAGAGAAACUCUUCCUUAUUGGGGGAACCUCCACAGGAAACAUCCAUCUGAUCAGCUGUGGCACCGACGGGCUGAGCCUGGUGGGGACCCUCGGCGGGGGCCACUCCGCCACCGUUCGCUCCUUCUGCUGGAACCUGGCGGAUGAGUCUCUGCUGACGGGUGGAGAGGAUGCUCAGCUGUUGCUAUGGAAACCCAGAGUUGUGGAAAGGUCCCUCACAAAGAAGGCAUCUCUGAAGAUUGCUUCUUCCGUGCAGAAGAGAGUGAGAGUUCGCAACAGCUCCCUCAAAAGCAGGAAAAAGUAAAAUGCUGGAAGUGGGAAUCUCUGCUCUGUUGAGUUCUGGUGUUUCAUCUCUCAGGCAAUGCUUGGCUGUGCUUUAUUUGGAGGUAUUCUGUGGAAAGAACUAUGGUGCUUGAAUUCCCCCUGGGAAUGUAUUUCAGUCAUCAGAAGAAUGUCUCUUAUUUUUUUUAAGUUGCUAACGUUAAUCAGAAAAGAGUAAACGUCUGCUCUUGAGUUCUCGAACAACAGAUGUUAAAUCAUAUUAUGUAAAACUGUUUCUCUGGUUAUUUAACAUCUCAGGCAAUGUUUUAAAUGUGUAAUAUAGGCCUGUGGCUUGCAAAGUUUGUUACCUUCUCAGUGAAAUUCCCUGGCACACUUGAAAAGCUUUUGUAUUUCAUGCUGUAUAUUGCUUUCUUUAUAGAAAACUUAAUGAAAUUGCUCAAUUUAGUAAAAGAUUUUAUGUCACAUCUUAAUGCUUGAGGGAAUUACUUAUUGAUGAAACAGAAAAUAAGUAGUUUUGCACUGUCACAUCACUGGUUUAGAAUGAGCUCAUAAAGAAGGAGUUGAUAGAGCCAUAUUUUUCGUAGCAGAUAUGAAUGUAUUCAACCAAAGAGGAGCACAUGAUUCCAAACAGCUAAUUUGUAUGUGUAUGAGAACUGUUAAACUGGCAUUAUUUAGGGCAUAUUUCCUGCAUGAAAAUACCCAAGAAUCUUGUAAGCAGCUUCAUUCUGUCAUGGUAAGUGCACCUGGAAGACUGGGGAGAUCUUUGGUGGGUUAAAGACACUGACAGGUGUAAUUAUACCAGUGGUGCUUAAAUCCCAAAUCCUGACUUUUGAAAUAAGCUGGUAUCACAUGGUAAGUGGGAAUGUUGUCCUGGAGUUCAGAAAUGGUUUCUGAAGUACAGAAGAUACCUCUGGUGUAUGGUUACAGCUGUGCUGAAGGUGCCUUAAUCAUCUGUGGAAGUGAAGCCUUUUCAACCACAAGUAUUGGGUUUCCACACAGUGUUUCACAAACUGUUAAUGUCCUUUAGCCACAACUGUGAAUCCAUUGUUGUUUUGGCUUUGCCUGUUGGUGAUAAUUAAGAUGAGUCACUUGUUUUUGUUACUGCUGGUUAUUUAAAAGUGCAGCUUCAAUUCAAAAAUCACAUUUCUCUAAACCUUUUUUUUUCCUAUUACUUUUGUAAAUUCAAGUUACCCCCAACAUCCACAUAUUUUCAAAUGCCUUUCAGAUUAGUUUGUGCUAUUUUGAGACAAGGUGGGCAGCAAGUCUCAGGACUACAAUGCACUUGGAUCAUGUGCCCUCUCCAGAUUUACUCUUGACAGGUCACUGGCUGUUUCUGUGGAACACAAAGUUCUGUAACUGAGUGGACCAGAAGCUUCAGACCCCUCUGCUUCACUCUAAUGCCCUCACGGGCCUGAAUUGGUUCGGUACCAAGUUGGGGGUGGGGAACUAAAGGAUGAUUCUGAGACCUGUUUCAUUGCAGGUACAAUAUACAAAUUGCUUCUUAGAUGUUUAUCCACUCUUUCCCUGCUAUCUUGACACAGUGGAGUCGAGUCAUUGGAUCUGUUUGAUGCUUGAUUUCUUGAAGGCAGUUUUGUGUUCCCAUAGAGAAAUGCACAGAGAGGGAGCUUGUGGUGGUCUCCACUUGCUUUCAAGUGUCUGUUGAGUGAAAUUCUGUUGUGCUCUGCCAGCUGUCUCUGAGCUAAAGCAGCAGAGAUGGGAGUUGUGGUACCGAAGUUUGCAGUGUGCGACCCUAUCUGUUACCUUGUUUCUGAAUUAGGUGGGUAUCGAUUUGUUCUGUAUCAGUGACAGUUAAAGUCGUGAUUUUCCCUGUGAAGCUGAUUUCUCCCUUUUGCGUGCACAACGGAAAUAGCAACAGAAGGGGUAAAACGUGUGCAUGUAUCUUAAAAUUCUGCAAGAGCACAGCAGCUCUCACGAGACUCAGGCUUGUGUUGCCUCUGAAAAUACUUGAUUUUGUUGUUUUUCUUCUGUGUUGACUCAAUUUCAGGUUAAUACCCGUAAAAUAAACAUAGAUGGAAACCACAUGUGAACAAGUGAUCAGCAUUGCUUGGUUCUGUUUCAUAAACCACAGAGCACUGGUAGAAUCCAUAUGUGAUCACAUAAAUAAUAAUAAUAGGCUUGAAGUUAGGCAGGUUAACUUGUCUGUAUUUAAUCUCUUAUUAUUUUGAUGUCUGUAAGUUGGCUUCAGCAUUUUUAAGAAACUUAAAAUCAUGGAAUCAGAGAAUGGUGCAGCACCUUGCACUUGGCCUUGUUGAAUGCCACAAGAUUCCCGUGGUCCCACUUCUGGAGCUUGCUCAGGUCUCUCUGAGUGGCAUCCCGUGCUCCAGGAGUGUCAACUGCAUCACUCAGCUUGGUGUCACCUGCAAACUCGCUGAGGGUGCACUUGAUAUCAUUACUGAAGUUAUUAACCAUUACUGGUCCCAUUACAGGCUCCUGAGGGACCCCGCUGACCUCUGGACAUGGAGCUGCUGACCACUACCCCCUGGAUGUGACAAUCCAGCCAAUUCCUGACCUGUUGAACAGUCCAUCCAUCAAAUCCAUAUCUCUCCAAUUCAGAGAAAGUUGAUGUGGGGGACUGUGUCAAAGGCCUUGCAGGACUCCAGACCUGACCUUUAAUAAAACUUACGUAAUUGAAACUAUGUGCAAGUAGCAUUCGGAAAUCAUCACUGUGUGAAUUGUUUAACCCCAGGGGAAGCUUUAAUUCCGGAAGCAGGAUCAGAUUUCUUUUCCAGUAAAUGAGAAGCAAAAAUCCAGACAGACUACUUAAAUGCAGAAAACAGUGUCCAUCUUUAUUCCGAGUUGAUAGUAAACCCGUUGUACAAUAUACUUGAGUAGCAGGAGAUUAUCCUGCUGUGAACACAUGAAAAUAAACUUACUUGCAUUUGGCACAUUAUUAAAAUUA